AUGGCCGAUAUGGAUACCGAUAAGCCCGACAUGAUGUCGUCAGACGAGGAGGGUUUCGUCUCUAGCGAAAGCACCGCCUCAAUGGAGCUCGAAUCCGAUGCCAAGAAAAACCUCACUCUCGCGCUGGGCAAGCUGCGUUUGGAACAAGAGGACGUCAACCGACUCUCCUAUCAGGGCGCUACCCCAUCGACUUCCCGCACGGAAGACCGAAGUCAAACGCCUCCAGAUCUCAAGAUGCCAAAAAAGCCACGACUGUUACUGGAUUUGCCGCUGGACGUGUUGAAGGAGAUUAUUAAAGAGGUCACGCAUACAAAUGACUUGACAUCGCUGGCCCUUACAUGCUCCGCUCUCCAUGGGUUGGCCAUUCCGCAUAUGUACUCACGAUUCGACAUCGUCUGGCCAGAGUCCCUGAACCCAUCAACCGCGGACUAUUCGGGGGUAGAUGCGCUGUCUUAUGGCCUGUCGACAUUGGUAAUGGGCGAGGAUGUGUUUAGCCGGCUGCCAAGGUUCCAAGAAAGACUGUCGGGCAAUUGUACGCACUGCGGCUGUGAUUGCCAGCAAAGUACGAGUUCUCAACAUUCGGAGAAUCAAGUCGGUGGGCGGUCGCGGCGAGGGAAUCAUUAUGCGCAAUACACUCGCACCUUUUCCAUUGGAAACGGUCCACUGAGCUGGGUCCAGGAAUACUCAGUAACCAAAGAAGUGGGCAAGAUGCUAGGGACGCUCGUUGCCCUGGCUGUUGCGCGGAUGGUCAACCUGGAGGCCUUCGUCUGGGACAUGCCGACUGGAGUGGUUCGUGAAAUCUGGUUGGCGCUUGCGUCUUUGGCAGAUCGGCCCGGACAUGAAUGUCGCUUGGAGCGCAUCUGGGUUCGUUGGCAUGAUAACUCAGAGAACGCUUUACGCAACCUGUCUGCACCGGCAACGAGGCUCUUUCAGAAAUACAAACAUGUCGAACACCCUUCGCUGUCUGUAUUGCCUCCGCUCAAUAGCGUGGCUGUCCUUGACAUAGAUGAACCGGCGUAUGUUGAAGAGCUGGCACUUCUCCUUGAGAAAUCGCGCCAUCGCCUGACUGAGCUCCGAAUUGGCAUUGCCGGAAAAGCCCACAUGAGCGCGUGGCUGCUGUGUGGAACAAACUCGGAGUCUGCAUCGAGUUGGCCUCGCGCAGAUGGUAUCUUGGGAAUACUGAAACGGCGCAGCUUGUCUGAUCAUCGGGACGAAGUUACUCCAGCUUGCCAUAUCAAAGGUUCGAUGCCACCGAACAGCGCAACCGACGUUGCCCCCAAGUGGUCGACUGUUGCUGAGAGCGAGGAACCCGCUUCGCAAGCAGAGCAGCCAUUCAUCAGUACCAACGAGGACAAGAUACAGCCACAAGAUUCAACUUUGCCCAAUCGAACGACUCAUUCGCCUGCGAACUCCUUUGAAGCUGAUUCUGACAUGCUUAGUCUCAAUGUCCUCGAGUUGGAACGAGUUCCAUUGCAUGUGCCCACCCUGUUGCCAGCUGUUGAUUGGACAAAACUCACCACCCUAACCGUCAUGCAAUGUGUUGACCAUGAAAAACUGUGGCGGGCUCUUCGCCGGAAAUAUGCACCUUCUCCAGUACCGGUUAGGCGCCAAUCUAAUCCAGAUUCCCGGUUCACUGAAAGCCUGCUUGACUUCCCGCUUAAUCUGAAACACAUUCGCACGGACAAUGUUUCGCCGUAUCUCAUUCUCUUCAUCAAAGAUGCAUUGGCACCGAAUACAUUGGAGAGUAUCUUUCUGCAUGAGGCGCCGGGUCACGAAUCUUCUGUGCAAAUCGAUGCCAUUUACCGGCACAUCCUGCGAAAGCAUCGCAAGAGUCUGCGUAAGGUUCUCAUCGAUGGCACUGAUCGCAAGAUUGGAAGUGGGUAUUCAUCUACGCGGUGGUAUAAGUGGAUGUUCACUCAUGACAUGAUAUCAUUUGUUACGAGCGGGAAAAUGCCGCAGCUGAAGGAGCUCGGCAUGGCGAUGAAUUAUGCAGAUUGGCAUUUCUUUCUCCAGAGAUUGCCUAAUAUGCCGCAGCUUCGAGCUUUGUACCUACCGAACAUCUGCAACACUGUCCAUCGUGAUCUGAAGGAGUUAGCACUCCAAGUCCUGGAUAUCGUCAGCAUCCGCCCAGAUCUCAAAAUCGCCUACCUUGGCCUUCAUAUCAAGUGCUUCCAAAUUCUCGAAGCCAGACAUGAUGACAAUCCUGCCGAUUUCGACGACAACCCCACGGUGGACAACUCCCCGGCGACUACCGAGGAGGAUGAAGAUCACGACCCCUCAGCCAACGAUAACCACUUCACCGAAGACCACAGUGACGACGAAUCCUUCAAGGGAGAUACUCUUUCCAGCAACCCCGAAGACUAUGACACCGACCCAGACGAGGACCAGAACACCUCGCGCAUCUAUUACCGACUGCAGGAGAUUCUGUUCUAUGACGAGAAGGUGUCCAUUUUCAAGGCACGACACGGUGUUUUAUGA